AUAAAAUGGGUGCUCAAUGAUGAAAGCGUAAAGUCGUAGUUGCCUCUAAAGACAGCUAUACCAAUAUAAUCGAAAAUAGUCAACUGAAUCAGGUUUACGCACGGACACAGAUGCUUCGAAAAUAAGAUUGAGAAAAAAUCUACGCUAAACGCACAGAUCAGCAAUAGCAAUGAAAAAUCAAACAGAAAUUAUGGGUCAACAGUGGAUAGUAACCUGAGAUAUGAAGGAAGCCUCCAGAGUGAAGAGGAGUGCAUCAAGAAGUUAGGUGCCAUCCGUAAAACUUACCAUUUCCGGUUCAGAGAUAGUGGAGCAAAAGAAUUAACAAAGGAUGAGAAAGAAAUAUUUGAGUAUCAUAAAUUGGAAUUAUUAGGCCAAGGAGAGAUUUCUGAUGUAUAUUGUGCCAUAAAUCUCACCACUCAAGAGCCAUUCGUCAUCAAGACUUUUUGAUUUCCGGAAAAAGAAGCUUUACUUUACCACAAGCCGAUGAAUGAAGCCAUAAAAUAUAUGAAGGAGGAACUCAAGGGAUACACUGCUUUCUGAGCUUACCACAACUUGUACCUUGAUGAGCGUGAGAAAGAGAAGGAGUUAGAAGAAAAGGAAUUAGAAGAACAGGAAGAAGCAGAAGGUGAAGAAACCCCAGAGCAAGGAACUUCUCUCAGUCUCACAAUGGAUUAUAUCCAAGAAUCAAUCCAGAUAUCAGAAUCUCUUGAAAAUUGAGAAGAUUUCAAUGAGAAAAUAGUUAGGAGAAUUGUUGUAAAAAUAAUGAAAGCAUUGGGGAUCCUUCAAAAGAAUGGACUUUAUCAUGGACGACUAAACUGCAAUAAUGUCUACAUUGAUCAAAAUUGGAAUAUUAUUAUGGUUGACUACGGAUUAAUGAAUGCACUCAGAGUAAAAUAACCCACUGACAACAGAAGAAGGGAUCCGUCUUGAUAUUCUCGCAAUGGGAAUCAUGAUCCUCGACAUGUUAGGAAUUUCCUUUGAAAAAUUUGAUGAAAAAGUCUACAAUGAAAAGAAAGUUCCUCCAAACUUGAUUAGCUUCCUCGACACAUGUUUUGAAGGAAGUAUAGAGCUGGAAGAUCUUUAUAUUCAUCCUUUUAUCCUCUACGAUGAGAACGGGGUUGAAGUUUCUCCUGUAUCGUCUCACCGUACUCUAAAAGAAUCAGAUCUUAAAAACCAGGCAAAUCUUGGGAAAUAUUCUUCAGACAAUAGUAUUCCAGGAAUCUCAAAGAAGUUUCUCACCAAUGGAUCUGUGACCACCACGAACAAGCAGUCUGAUGGUGAAAGGGAGAAUCAGAUUCCUGUUCCUAGAGAGAGCAACUCUAAGAAUAUAUUCUAUAAACACUACAGCAAGGGCAGUGAGAUCCUCAGGAAGGAUGGGCAAAAAUAUAGCAUCGUGAGCAAUUCUAAUGGCGAUGAACUCGGCCAUUUCUCCUACUAUUGUCAUGAAGACUCUAAGGGCGAAAAGAUAGAAUAUAGGAACAGCAAACAAAUUCAUCUGAAUGAAGACAAGACAGAGUCUGACCUUGAUAGUGUAACCACACCAAUCGCUACUUCAGAUAUGAAGUCUGAGUUUAGGGAUAGGUUCCAUGAUGCCUCUGGAGAGGUUAAGAGGAUCACAAUGAAGUCCCAAAGACAUUUAAUUGGAGCUAAGCAUAGGAAAACUAUGGUGCCUCCUUCUAUACAGCAGCUUACAAUUUUAGAAGAAGCCUCUAUUUCAAUGGAGCAAUCUCGUGAGGCUGAAAGUGAGUCAGAAAAGGAAGAUAAAAUAGCAAAUAGCUUAAUCCCGGCUAAUACUCAGAUGAUAGUACCAAACGAGCAAGGCAAUAAGCAAUAAUUUAUAUUCAAUUUUCUAUUAA